AGUGUUUAGAGUGGACGGACGGGCGGUGUGAAGUGUGAUGAUGUCGGGACUGAUAUCUUGGGAUUGAAGAUGAAAACACAUGCGUGCGUUCGGCCAAAGGGAAUGAAGACAUGCUGAGAUGAAGAGUCAGUCUGGUUUCCUAAAGAAAAUAUCAUGGAUUAUUUAUGCCAUUUUGCACAGAUGACACUUAACACAAUGGGAUUCCUCGGAAAAAAAGAAUGACUAACAGAUAGGGAACACUUUUCAAAUCGGAAUUAAGUUAUUUUCUUCUUAACUUGAAAACACCUUAGUUGUGAGCAUCUAUUUAAGCAGGAGUAUGGAUUUGUGUAAGGCGCUCCUGUUGUUCCUGAUCUCAAACUGCGUUACAAUGACUCUGUCGCUGUCCACCUGCACCACGGUGGACAUCGACCACAUCAAGAAGAAGCGAGUGGAGGCGAUCCGGGGUCAGAUCCUCAGUAAGCUCCGUCUCACCAGCCCCCCUCAGACCAUUGGAACCAACCAGGUGCCUCUCCAGGUGCUAGCGCUGUACAACAGCACCAAGGAACUGAUCGAGGAGCUGGGCAGGGACCGCCAGCAGAGCUGCGGUCAGGAUAACACGGAGACCGAGUACUAUGCCAAAGAAAUUUACAAAUUCAACAUGAUCAACGGCCCGCCGGAAAACAACGACCUGUGCCCCAAGAGCAUCACCUCCAAGCUGUUCCGCUUCAAUGUGUCCGAAAUGGAGAAGAACUCCACCAACCUGUUCCGGGCCGAGUUCCGCGCCCUGAGGAUCCCCAACUCCAGCUCCAGGAGGAACGAGCAGAGGAUCGAGCUCUACCAGAUCCUGCAGAAGGACGACCACAUCGCCAAGCAGCGCUACAUCGGGGGCAAGAACGUGCUGACCAAGGGCACACCCGAGUGGAUCUCCUUCGACGUCACCGAAACGGUCCGGGAGUGGCUGAUGUACCGCCAGACCAAUCUGGGCCUGGAGAUCAGCGUGCACUGCCCCUGCCACACCUUCAGCCCCAAUGGGGACAUAGACGAGAAAGUCCAUGAGCUGCUGGAGGUCAAGUUCAAAGCUAUGGAGCCGGAGUACGAGGAGCAGGUCCGCCUGGACAUGAGCCGUCUGAAGAAGCAGCAGAAGGAGGUGUACCCCCACCUGAUCCUCAUGAUGCUGCCCCCUCACCGGCUGGACGCCCAGUCCUCUUCCCGCCGGCGCAAGCGGGCACUCGACACCAAUUACUGCUUCUCCAACUACGAGGAGAACUGCUGCGUGAGACCGCUCUACAUCGACUUCCGCCAGCACCUGGGCUGGAAGUGGAUCCACGAGCCCAAAGGCUACUACGCCAACUUCUGCUCCGGCCCCUGCCCUUACCUCCGCAGCGCAGACACCACCCAUAGCUCGCUCCUCAGCCUCUACAACACCCUGAACCCCGAGGCGUCCGCCUCGCCCUGCUGCGUGCCCCAGGACCUGGAGCCCCUCACCAUCCUGUACUACGUGGGCCGCACGCCCAAGGUGGAGCAGCUCUCCAACAUGAUCGUCAAGUCCUGCAAGUGCAGUUAGACGGGAGGACCCCAGACCGCCGACCGACCCUGACCAAGAGAGCCCCCCCGCCCCCGACCCCCCAGCCCCACCCAAGUGCAGUUAGACGGGAGGACCCUGGACCUCUGACCGACCUCGACCAAGAGAGACCCCCCCCCCACCAACCCCACCCAAGUGCAGUUAGACAGGAGGAAUCCAGAACCUCAGACCGACCCCUCCCUUCUCCUCCCCCAAUCAAGAGUGACCCCCCCCCCCCCCAGCUGAUCUCCCGGGUGGGGGGUGGGGGGAAGCACCACUCAGGAGGGAUGGCAGGAGGGGGACGGGAUGGGGUGAGGGGGGUAUGCUGCCCCCUUCACGAGUACCUCUGUCCACCUCCACCCAGCCGAUCGCCCCACCGUCACCUCAUGUUGCCUCUCCCUCUCCCUCCACCCCUCUCCCUGACAUGGAAACCCGUUAGAUAAUGAGAAGAGGCCUGCAGCUCGACUGAGGUCUGAUGGCAUGAGCAUGAACGCAAUCACCUCCCAAUGACGCUCUCGGAAAUCCUAGAGAGGACGUCCGGUCGAGUUUGUCUUCCCUGCUCGUCUCGCAUCUCCAAACCGCUUGUACCUUUGUGUCGUCGCAACAGAAACGGGCAUUCCACGCCACAGACGUAAUGACAAGAGGACCUGAACAUUGUCCUCUUCCAUGACCACUGCAAACUCAAGGACUGAGGCAGUUGCAGUUGUAAACGCCAAACUGACACUCAAUGUGGACAGCAAACUCUGUAUGGUGUAUUAAAUAUUUACAAGAAAAAAGAAGCAAAAAGGGGUAAAUCAAACACUAGUGUGUGCUCAGAGUGAAACACAUCCCUCAAUCUACGAUGCAUGACCCGGACACGGAGGACAUACACCCUGUACACGUUACCGUGGCAUCGUUACCAUGGCGUCGUUACCAUGGCGUUGAGUGCGCUACAUCAUCCCUACACUGUUAACAUAGGAUUCAUUGCUGUUGAAAAAAUAAAUCGUUAACUAAUUAUCUUAGGGAAAAAAGACAAGAUGCUGGAAAAUGUGUUUGGUUCAAAAUAGUGUUGUCGUGAUUUUGUUUACGUCCGUCAUGCAAAGUGUUGGCGUUUCCGAUGACAAUGACAUCAUGUAGUUGGGAUCUUCAUGAGGUCACUAAAUGUUUUUCUUGUUACUCUUGGAAAUACUUUUUUUUUAUUAAAAUAUGGACAGUGUUAAGAA